GCCUGAAGUCCCAGGGUCUUGCGUUCUAGCCACUCCACUGUGAUUGACAGACUGGGCUAGAGAGGGAUCCUCCUUCGCUCUGCCUGCUGCUCUCCUCGCGCUCUCCAGGCUCAGUAACUUUAUAACAGAGGGAUGCGGCAGGCGCACGCAGCAGCCUGAAAAUGGCUCGCGACUGGAUUUAUCCAUCCCUCCUCAUUCUUCACUUCCUUUUGCCGAAUCAGGCUUUAAGGAAUUACCCAGAAAAUGAAGUUACGCUGCUGGACUCAAUGUCUGCACUGGGGGACUUGGGCUGGGAGGCGUAUCCAGCGGAGGGCUGGGAGGAGAUCAGCGUGAUGGACGAGAGGAACACGCCCAUGCGGACCUACCAGGUGUGCAACGUGAUGGAGGCCAACCAGAACAACUGGCUGCGCACCAGCCACAUCCCGCGCGACGGGGCCCAGCGGGUCUACAUCGAGAUCAAGUUCACCCUCCGCGACUGCAACAGCCUGCCCGGGGUGCCGGGCACCUGCAAGGAGACCUUCAACAUGUACUACUACGAGUCCAACAACGCCAACCUGUGGUUCAUCAAGGAGAGCCAGUACGUGAAGAUCGACACCAUCGCCGCCGACGAGAGCUUCACCCAGGUGGACGUGGGCGACCGCGUGAUGAAGCUCAACACCGAGGUGCGGGACGUCAGCAACCUGAGCAAGAAGGGCUUCUACCUGGCCUUCCAGGACGUGGGCGCCUGCAUCGCCCUGGUGUCGGUGCGCGUCUUCUACAAGAAGUGCCCGCUGACGGUGCUCAACCUGGCGCGCUUCCCCGACACGGUGACGGGCGGCGACUCGGCCCUGGUGGAGGUGCACGGCUCCUGCGUCAACGACUCGGAGGAGUUUGAGCUGCCGCGCAUGUACUGCAGCGCCGACGGCGGCUGGCUGGUGCCCAUCGGGCGCUGCGUCUGCCAGCCGGGCUUCGAGGAGAGCGAGGGCCAGUGCCAGCCCUGCAGGCCCGGCUUCUACAAGGCCUCAGCCAUGGACGCCUACUGCACCAAGUGCCCUCCCCACAGCUUCUCCCUGCAGGACAGGGCCUCGGAGUGCACCUGCGAGAAGGGCUACUACCGCGCCGAGCUGGACCCCCGCUCCAUGGCCUGCACCAGGCCUCCGUCAGCUCCCGAAAACCCCAUUUCCACCAUCAACGAGACCUCGGUGGCCCUGGAGUGGAGCCCACCCCGGGACAGCGGGGGACGGGGGGACGUUGCCUACAACGUCCACUGCAGGAAGUGCCCGGGGGACGGCAGGAAGUGCGGGCCGUGCGGGAGCGGGCUCCACUUCAGCCCGCGCCAGUUCGGCCUGUCCCUCGCCAAGGUGCAGGUCACCGACCUGCUGCCCCACACCAACUACACCUUCAGCGUCGAGGCGGUGAACGGCGUGUCCGACCAGAGCCCCAGCCCCCGCCAGCUGACCUCCGUCAACAUCACCACCAGCCAGACCGUGAGCGUGACUCUGAUGAAGAGGAAGAGCAAGGACAGCAUCACACUGGCGUUGCAGGGGCCGGAGAGCGCCAACGGGGCCAACGUGGAGUAUGAGGUCACCUACUACGAGAAGAACCAGAGGGACCAGAACUACACGGUCCUGAGGACCCGUUUGAACGCGCUGACCGUGGACGGGCUGAAGCCCGGGACCACCUACGUGUUCCGGGUGAGGGCGAGCAUCGAUGGCGGAUACGGGAACUACGGGGGCGACAUCGAGCUGGAGACCAGUCACGAAGACAUGCUGGCCAUUGGGGAUCCGAACCAGCCCACCAUCUUGGCUGUGUCCAUCGCGGGAGGCAUCGUGCUCCUCAUAUUCCUGGUGGCUUGCUUCGUAGUGAGUGGCAGGCACUGCGGCUACAUCAAGGCCAAGCAGGACCCCGAGGAAGAGAAGAUGCAGUUUCAGCACGGACGGGUCAAGCUCCCGGGGAGCCGGACUUACAUCCACCCUCACACGUACGAGGACCCCAACCAAGCCGUCCGCGAUUUCGCCAAGGAGAUCGAGGCCUCCAACAUACGCAUCGAGAGGGUCAUAGGGGCUGGCGAGUUCGGGGAGGUGUGCAGCGGCCGGCUGAAGCUGCCCAGCAAGCGGGAGAUCUACGUGGCCAUCAAGAGCCUGAAGGCGGGCUACUCCGAGAAGCAGAGGCGGGACUUCCUGAGCGAGGCCAGCAUCAUGGGCCAGUUCGACCACCCCAACAUCAUCCGCCUGGAGGGCGUGGUCACGCGAUGUAAGCCUGUGAUGAUCAUAACAGAGUUCAUGGAGAAUGGGUCUUUGGACACCUUCUUAAAGAAGCACGACGGCCAGUUCACGGUGAUCCAGCUGGUGGGCAUGCUCCGGGGCAUCGCCUCGGGCAUGAAGUACCUCUCCGACAUGAGCUACGUCCACCGGGACCUGGCCGCCCGCAACAUCCUGGUCAACAGCAACCUGGUGUGCAAGGUGUCCGACUUCGGCCUGUCGCGGGUGCUGGAGGACGACCCCGAGGCGGCCUACACCACCAGGGGAGGAAAGAUCCCCAUCCGAUGGACAUCCCCGGAGGCCAUUGCCUACAGGAAGUUCACCUCCGCCUCUGACGUGUGGAGCUACGGCAUCGUCAUGUGGGAGGUGAUGUCAUAUGGAGAGCGGCCAUAUUGGGAGAUGUCAAACCAAGACGUCAUUAAGGCGAUAGACGAGGGGUACCGCCUGCCCGCCCCCAUGGACUGCCCCGUGGUGCUCCACCAGCUCAUGCUGGACUGCUGGGAGAAGGGGCGCAGCGACCGGCCCAAAUUCGGCCAGAUCGUCAACACCCUGGACAAGCUGAUCCGUAACCCGGGGAGCCUGAAGCAGCUGGCCAACAGCUCCGUCUGGGAGGACCCCGUUACCCCCGAGCUCAGCAGCGGGACAGUGGAGGAGUGGCUCGAGGCCAUCAAGAUGGGCCAGUAUAAGGAGCAUUUCUCCAACGCGGGCUACGUCACGCUGGACUCAGUCAUUUACAUCAACAGCAGUGACCUGGGGAACAUGGGCGUGACUCUGGUGGGACACCAAAAGAAGAUCCUCACCAGUAUACAGAGUCUGCAGACACAAGGGACUCACGUACAAGUAUAACACGCUCCUCUCAGACAGAGGGAGGGGCGAGAGAGACUGAGAACGAGAGAGGGAGAGAGAGAGAAAGAGAAAUUAAAAGAGAG